AUUUCAGGCCAUCCAUUUCGUUAUAAUUCACCUUUCGGUGGAUUCUCUCGAACAAAUGCCGCCUUAUAUUAUCAAGAGGAGCAGAGCGGUCGAAAACCCGAACGCCCAACAACGAGGAAGCAGCAAGAACCCUCUCAGAUCAUCCGGCAUCGUGCAAAUACGUUCAUGGAAAGUGGCCAAAUGGAAACUCAGGCCGAAUUGCUGUCUCGGCGAGAUUUUAGCACUUUAGAUGCCUUGAAUGCGGUAUAUCGCGACAAAUGUUCUUUCAUGCCAAGUACACAAAGGGAGCGAAUUACGACCAAGAGAAAUGACGAUGAUGGAGAGAGCAGAGAGGCAUGGGAAAGGGAAAGGCUUUCAUCGUCUGGUAGUGGCAGCAGUGUGGCAGAACAGUCUGGAGAUGGACCUCGUGUUGGUUGGACUAGCAGCGAGAGGACCGACCUGAAUAUGAUCGACGAGCAAUAUGUCGAGUACUACGAAUACCUGUGUCAAGGGAUUCAAAAGCUUUUCGAAAGUGGCAUUACAUUUAACGCCGAUUGCGAAUCUCGUGGGAGCUCGUCUUCGUUCCAGCAGCCAUCCGUAUGCCGUGCCUUGAAAUCAAAGUACUAUCACCAAUACAACCUGGGACCGGAAAUCUACAGCAGGAAGGUGUUUGUAGGAGGAUUGCCUAUUGAUAUCGAGGAAGACGAGUUAGUGGAAACUUUCGCUCGUUUCGGAUCGCUGGUCGUGGAUUGGCCAAAUAAGAACGAGACCAAGAGCUACUUCCCGCCAAAAGGCUACGUCUUUCUGAUUUUUGAUCAUGAAACAUCGGUAAGGACCCUGGUCCAGCACUGCACAGUUGAAGACGAAAAACUCUUCCUUUUCAUCAGCUCACCGAUGAGCACCGAAAAACUCGUAAGUGGCUUCUCUGGUGCUGACAUCAAAUUGAGUGACUAG